AUGAAGACCGUCGCUGUUCUCCUUGCCCUUUUCGGCUCUGCCGUCGCCUUCGCCCCUGCUUCUCAAAGCCAGGCCAGUACUUCUCUCGGUGCUGCCCUUGAUGACAUGACAGGAAGCACUAUGCCUGUCAAGGCCUUCGACCCCCUUGGCUUGGCUGAUUUCGGAAGUGACGAAACCCUUGCUUGGUUCCGGGCCGCCGAGCUGAAGCACGGCCGAUGCGCCAUGGUUGCCGCCACUGGUUUCAUUGUCCAGGCUGGCGGCAUGCACUUCCCAGGAAUGUUGAGCCACGACAUCUCCUUCGAAUCCCUUUCCACCAUGAAGCCCAUUGAUCAAUGGGCUGCCGUCCCUGACGCUGGAAAGGCUCAAAUCCUUUUCACAAUCUUCUGUGCUGAGUUGAUCACUGAAGGAUACCAAGGAACUCACUACAUGAAGGGAGGAGAAUUGCCAACCAUGGUCUUCCCACCAAUUGACUUCUCUGGAGUUAGCGAACAAACCAUGACAUUGAAGCGCAACCGUGAAUUGAACAAUGGACGUCUCGCAAUGAUCGCCACCAUGGGAUUCAUUGCCGAGGCCAGUGUCCCUGGAUCUGUGCCCGUUCUCACCACCAUCGGUGCUUUCUAA